AUGCUUGUUUGUUUGAAUUGCUCUUCUGUUUUACAUUCAACAAUCCACAAAUUUUAUGGCCUACAAACCAAUUCUCCACUGUCUUCAUCACUCAAAUCCAUCUCAACUUCCACAAAUCAACACUCGUUUACAGUCAAUUACCUCAUCAAUUCAUGUGGGUUGUCUCCAGAAACCGCCAUUUCAGCUUCCAAAAAGGUCAAUCUUAAAACCCUAGACAACCCAGAUUCAGUUCUCAACUUCCUCAUCAACCACGGAUUCAGCAAAACCCAGGUCUCAUCUGUCAUCAGAAAAUACCCACGACUUCUCUUAUGGGAUCCCAAGAAAAAGCUUUUGUCCAUAUUCGACUUUUUUUACUCCACCGGCAUUUCCAGCGCCGAGCUCGCGAAGAUGGUGUCCAAUCACCCACUUAUAUUGACACGAAGCUUGGCGAACCAUAUCAUCCCAUCUUUCAUUCUCUUCAUUAAUUUAUUUGAUUCACAUCAUAAGUUUAUCACCGCCUUUAAACGAUUUCCUAGAAUUGUACAGAGCUAUAGCAGUGCUAAUUCAUUCUCUAACAUUGAAAUUUUGAGGCAACACGGCGUGACAGAUUCGAAAAUUGUCCACUUACUUACUUCUCAGUCUAGGUCACUCAACUUCAAGCCUCAUAGAUUGAAUGAGGUAGUAGAGGAUGUUAAGAAAAUGGGUUUCAACCCAUCAAACACCAACAUUCUUAAUGCGGUUCAAGCAUUGCUGACAAUGAGCAAAUCAACAUGGGAACGGAAGAUGGAGGUUUAUGAGAAGUGGGGUUGGUCUGGGGAAGAAACAAUCUUGGCUUUUAAAAAAUUUCCGUGGUGUAUGAUGGUAUCAGAGGAGAAGAUAAUGGCGGUGCUGAAUUUUUAUGUCAACACAAUGGGUUGGAAGUCUUCCCUAAUUGCCACUCGUCCAAAAUUAAUGACAUACAGUUUGGGUAAGAGGAUAAUUCCAAGGUGUUCGGUACUUCAAGUUUUGUUGUCGAAAGGUUUGGUUAAGGAACCCAUUAGUGCAGCCACAUUGUUGGAUUACAGAGAGAAUUUGUUCCUCAAGAAAUUGGUGACUUGUUACGAGGAAGAAGCUCCUCAGUUGUUGAAACUAUAUCAACAAAAAUUGGAACUUUCAAAUUCAGAUGCUCGUGAUUAUGAAUGUAAGAGUGGGGUCCAUGCCCAGUGUGUUUUCAAAUUAAAUUCAUGA